AUGGCCGCCGAGACGAGUUGUCCGUUCAAAGAGCAGCAGUACGGCCUCGGCACUCACACAACAAAGAAGGGCACGAAAGUGACGAUCCGCCUCGCGACCGAGGCCGACGUCGGCACGAUCCGAAAACUCAUCGUCGGCCUGGCCCUCUACGAGAAGGAGCCUGAGGAGACGGUCGAGGUGACGGAGGACGAGUUACGGAGGGACGGCUUCGGUGCCCAGCCGGUCUUUCGCUGUUUGCUGGCCGAGGUCGAGGGCGUCGCAAUCGGCUUCGCGCUGUUCUUUUAUAACUACAGCACGUGGCAGGGCCGCUGCAUCUACCUCGAGGACCUGUACGUGGACGAGUCGGCGCGCGGCACGGGCACGGGGACGCUCCUCCUGAAAACCGUCGCGGCGAUCGCGCACGUUGAGGGCUGCAAGCGCAUGUCGUGGCAGGCUUUAGAUUGGUUCGUGUGCGGCGUCCUCGUGGUGAUGGGUCGCGAGAGAUACGCCAUCGACGCGCCUCGUCACUCAUGUGAACACAGGAACACGCCCGCGCUGGACUUCUACAAGGCCCUCGGCGCGAACCGCCUCGACUCGUGGGUGAACCUGAGGCUUGGCGAGAAGGAGCUGACCCAGCUGCUAGGCAUCUCAUAA